CACAGUUCAGGCUUCCUCAUUUUGAACAGAGAUCAAAAUUCAUCAAGUCAGAGAGAUAUCAGUACUUUUACUCCGUGGACCAAACUUGCAUGCUGUCCAAUUCCAAGGCGUAUUUUGAAAUAAUGUAACUUUUCUGGAAUGAUGCUGAGUUAACCUGACAUGAACACAAUACCUGAGUGAUUUUCUUUUUUGUCUGGACUAUAUGAAGUUGGUGAGACAGAGAUCGACAAAAAAAAACUACGCGCAGCUUGUCAUCAAAAACACAGGAGUGACUCUGCAGGAUGACGAACCGUGAUAGUUGUAGCCUUUCCGAUCUGGAAGAUGAGGAGUGCUGGAACUCGCUGGAGAAGUACCGGGUCCUUCUGAUCAGGACGAUCGAGCCGUCGCGCAUCAUCCCAUACCUGCGGCAGUGCAAGGUCCUCAGCACCGACGAUGAGGAGCAGAUCUUCAACGACCCCAGCCUGGUCAUCCGCAAGCGGAGAGUCGGUGUGUUGUUGGACAUUCUGCAAAGGACCGGAUCUAAAGGAUAUGUGGCCUUCCUGGAGAGCAUAGAGCUGGAUUAUCCAGAACUGUACAGGAAGAUAACUGGCAAAGAACCCGCCAGAGCCUUCUCCAUGUUAAUUGACACAGUGGGGGAGUCGGGGCUGACCCAGUUCCUGAUGAGCGAGGUCACCAAGCUGCAGAAAGCUGUGCAGGAGGAGAAGAGGAGGAGCCAGGAGCUGAGCUGUAGCCUGGCUGCCCACGAGGACACCAUCAAGCAGCUGCAGGUGAAGGACAGCGAGCUGCGCAAGCAGCAGGAAAGGGUGCGCAAGAUGAAGGAGGAGCGCAAUGCGUUUAGCAAUGAGGCCAAGAAGCUCAAGGACGAGAACUACGGCCUGCUCCGAGAGCUCGCCAAGCAGAGCGAGGAGAAGAACACGGUGCUCAUGAAGAACCGGGACCUGCAGCUCGAGAUUGAGAAGCUGAAGCACAAUCUGAUGAAUGCAGAAAGUGACUUCAAGGUGGAAAGGAAGCACACCAUGAAGUUAAAACAUGCCAUGGAGCAGAGGCCCAGCCAGGAUGUGAUCUGGCAGAUCCAGAAAGAAAAUGACCUGCUCAAAGCCACAGUCCAGGAGCUGGGAAAUUCAGUCCAGGUGGGGAUGAAUGGGAAGGUGGGGAAGGACAAGCUGUACAUCCAGAUUCUGGAGGAUGACAGGCAGCAGUCGCUGGCAGAGCACCAGGAGCUGGUCAACCAGAUGUACAACCUGCGCAGAGACCUGCGACACGCAGAGGAACACAGAGACAAGUACAUGGAGGAGAAAGAUGUUUUGGAACUCCAAUGCAUGAAUCUGAAGAAGGACUCCAAGAUGUACAAAGAUCGGAUUGAGGUGAUACUGCAGCAGAUGGAGGAAGUGACUAUAGAAAGGGACCAGGCCAUCAAGACGAGGGAGGAGAUCCACCUGCAGUACUCCAAGAGCCUGAUUGAUAAGGACCAGUACCGGAGGCAGGUCCGGGAGCUGGGGGAGCGCUGUGACGAGCUGCAGGUCCAGCUGUUCAGGAUCGAGGGGGAGGUGCUGGUCAUGGAGACCAAACUGCGCCGGGUCAACCAGAACCCCCCCACGCCGACUUCAGAUUUUGAUGACAUUUCACCAAGAAGCUCACAGGAUCAGAUAAACCCAGUGAGUCCAGAUGAAGAUCAACAACAUGGAGAUCGGCCCCAGGGUGUCGUGUUUCUGGAGUGGGAGGUAUCCAGAGAGUCCGACGACAACAGGGUUUCAGCGGAGAAAAGUCCAGCGAAUGGGGCGCCAGCAGAAAAGGAAAGGCGGUGCAUGAAAAAUACUUUUGUGACUAGGAGAAAGCUAGCUCUAAGAGUAAAGAUGGGCACCAAACAGGAAGCAGCAGACCAAGACAACACAACAGGAAGUGACAACACAGAUACUGAUGGAACAUGACGUCAUGAGAAAUUGCAUUCAAAGACACACUGGUACCUGCAUUGUACCUGAGAGCCUUGGUGUGUGCAUCAGUUGCUCCCGUGCUCGCUACAAUACAGUGAUGUUGCUGGCCUGGGGAACGUUGUCAGGUGUCGGGCUCAUUUUGGUUUUCCGGAUGUACAGUUUGGGAACCAUUUCUGUAUCCAACACCUUUAAGUGUCAUUGCAUAAACUGCAUAACACGGGCAGUGUUUCUCUCAAAGGGUUCCAUUGUGAAGAUUAAAAACACCUGAUCAAUGGCUUUUCCCCCCACAGUAGACUUUUUUUUUUUUUUUUAUAUAAUUAAGCUUUUUUGUUUUAUGGUUUAUUAUUUUAUUUCACUAAAGUCUGUUAUCCUAUUUGUCUAUUUUGCUGGUAAUGUGAUGCCAGUCUCCUGCUGAAAAGUACUGUACAUCUUUAGGUAUUUAAGUUUUCCUAAUUAAUAACACACAAUAAAAACACUGUGUGCAUUUAAUAUAUAAUAUAAGGUUCAGAUUUGCUUUGUCCUGUUCUGUAGAUGCCCAUUAGUUGUGUACUUUCUGUUUUUAAUUUGAUCUUUUUGAAAAAUGUUAGUUGGUAAUAGUGCCACAACAUGUUAUCCUGCCACAGCACUAUAGAUUCACUUAGUUUGUUGCAAGUAGGAUCACACAUGUCCCUGUUUUCCCUGGAUCGUCCAGGAUUUGAGGAAGGUGUGCAGGAAUUCAAUAUGCCUUUCCAGGACACUAAACGCCAGCACCAUAAAUUGAGCACAAGUUAGAUGCAUUAGAAUACAAUAUUAUUGCAAUAGACGCUCAAUAUUAAUUGGCUGUCAAUACUACAGUAGUAAUAUUAUCAAUGUUUUCUAUUGGGAGAAUGUAAAAUUUCUAAAGAGAGCUUAAACCUUUAACAACCAUCGGUUAUAGACGAUGUCCUAAUAUGGAGCGCAGGAAGUGAAUCUGCAGCGUGGUGAAGGAAUGGGAAGUAAAAGUGAAAAUAAAAAGUCUGGAAAACUAAAGGAGCCAAAGAAAAACUAUUGACUUGCCAGAAUGUUGUUAACGCGGCGCUUUUUAUUAUUGUUAUUUAUAUAUAAUGGAAACCAUCCAAAAUAAAUAAAAAACGAAACGGUUUA